CAAUGACUUUUGAAAAUGGGACUUGGACACGCUCGGGUGAUGUAUGACUUUGCAGCUGAACCUGGAAACAAUGAGCUGACCGUUAAUGAAGGAGAGAUCAUCACAAUUACCAAUCCGGACAUAGGUGGAGGUUGGUUGGAAGGAAAAAACAGCAAAGGAGAGCGGGGACUUGUUCCAACAGAUUAUGUUGAGAUUCUAACUGAAGGUGCAAAAGAUGGAUUUUUUUGUGGCAAUUCAGUAGCAGACCAAGCUUUUUUUGAUUCCCUCUCCUCAAAUGCAGCUCAGAUCAACUCAGCUGCUAAAACCAAUAACCAGGUCAACAGUGCCCAUGACCCCUGGCCAAACUGGCAAUCUGGAAACGUGGACAAUACAAAUUCUGGUGAUGGCUGGGCAAGCAAACCUGAAAGUGCAGUGGGGCAGAAAAACACCACAUCAAACAACUGGGAGGGAGCAGCACAAUUUGGGCACCCACAGGCCUAUCAAGGUCCAGCAGCUGCUGAUGACGAUGAUUGGGAUGAUGACUGGGAUGACCCAAAAUCAACAUCACCAUCUUACCUUGGCUAUAAGGAUAGUGAGUCUUCUGAAGCUGGGGGCCCACAGCGUGGAAAUACUCGUGCAGCUGCCAUGAAAUUACCACUUAACAAAUUUCCUGGAUUUGCAAAACCUGGAAUGGAACAAUAUCUGUUGGCAAAGCAGCUAGUAAAACCCAAAGAGAAAAUUUCCAUAAUUAUUGGAGAUUAUGGUCCUAUGUGGGUUUAUCCUACCUCUACGUUUGACUGCAUAGUAGCAGAUCCCAAAAAAGGUUCCAAAAUGUAUGGCUUGAAGAGCUACAUUGAAUAUCAGCUAACAUGUACUAACACUAAUCGAUCUGUCAACCACAGAUAUAAACACUUUGAUUGGUUAUAUGAGCGUCUCUUGGGUAAAUUUGGAUUUGCCAUUCCAAUCCCAUCUCUUCCUGACAAGCAAGUCACAGGGCGUUUUGAAGAAGAAUUUAUCAAAAUGCGCAUGGAGAGGUUGCAGGGUUGGAUGACCAGGAUGUGUCGUCAUCCAGUUGUUUCAGAAAGUGAAGUUUUUCAGCAAUUCCUCAAUUUCCGGGAUGAGAAGGAGUGGAAAACUGGGAAGAGGAAGGCAGAAAAAGAUGAGAUUGUGGGAGUUAUGAUCUUUUCUACUAUGGAACCUGAAGCUCCUGACUUGGACAUGAUAGAAAUAGAACAGAAAUGUGAUGCAGUAGGCAGAUUCACCAAAUCCAUGGAUGAUGGAGUUAAAGAGUUGCUCACAGUGGGACAAGAACACUGGAAGCGUUGUACUGGACCAUUACCCAAAGAAUAUCAGAAGAUAGGAAAAGCAUUGCAGAGUCUGGCACUGGUUUUCAGCACAAGUGGUUACCAAGGAGAAUCUGAUCUCAAUGAAGCAAUAACGGAAGCCGGAAAAACAUAUGAAGAAAUUGCUAGUCUCGUGGCAGAACAGCCAAAGAAAGAUCUCCAUUUUCUGAUGGAAACGAAUCAUGAAUACAAGGGAUUUCUUGGUUGCUUCCCUGACAUUAUAGGAGCUCACAAGGGAGCAAUAGAAAAAGUGAAGGAAAGUGAUAAAUUAGUUGCAACCAGUAAAAUAACACCACAGGAGAAGCAGAACAUGGUGAAGCGUGUAGGCACCAUGGCUUAUGCAUUACAAGCUGAGAUGAAUCACUUCCACAGUAACCGGAUUUAUGACUACAAUAACGUGAUCCGCCUGUACCUGGAACAGCAGGCACAGUUUUAUGAAACGAUUGCACAAAAGCUAAGGCAGGCACUUGGCCGUUUUCCGGUGAUGUAGGAAUAAACUGGGAUGGAUAAUGAAGAACAACUUCAAAGUGCUUUUCUGAUUUGGAGGCAAUGCGAAUAGAAAGCUAGCCUUUGCCAUCCAAGAAACCAAAAAAAAAAAAAAAACCACACCAAAAGGAAAAAAAUCUGAACUGCAAAAAAUAGUGAAAAUAAUUUGAUGUUUACUUACGCCUAAAUGCAUCAAUUAUUUAGGUAUUAUUUAUCUUGAACGCCCUUCCUCCAUACCUAUGUUUUAAACAAAAGCUGUCUCUUGUGGGAAAAUGCUGUCAAGUGUAGAGAUUAAAAUUGUCAAACUAGUCUGUAUUGCCAUGGAUUUACAAACAGAUUCAAGAUUUAUCAAAUUCUUCCAGUUUACACUUAACCAGGGUGAAAUGAUUAUUUUUUCAUUUAAAAAAAGUGAAAACCAGAAAAAGGUGGGGGUUUUAUAUUUUUUAUUUUCCUUAUAUGCCAUUCAACCUUUUGUUGGUGUUCUUUUCAGCAGCUAUGUAAAGUUCACGUAUGUUUCAGUUGCAAACGCAAGAUAAUCUUUAAAGAUUGCUUUGUUCAGUGACCAUUUUCCUCUGUAUGGUUGCGCUUUCUAACAUGUACUCCUAGCACACAAUCUCCGUAACAUGAUAGCUGGCAAAUUGUUCAUUUUUUCCAUAAUUGCCUAAUAGUCUGUUCUUGUGGAACAACGUCUCAGAACUUUUAUGUGUUGGGCUCUCCCUCCCUUUCUGGCCAUGCACUGUGCAAAGAAAAGACAUUAACCAAGGAAAUAGCCAUUCCAGGAAACUGGAAAAAUAUUCUCACACCAGCAGUCUGACCACAUUAAAUAUUAUGUAGUGCUGGGCUACCUACCUUUAAUAGGGUACUCAGUGCUGUUCCUUUAUAGGAGUCAGAGUAUAUGCAGAGCUGGCCCCUCCAGUCACUUCUGACCCUAUGUGGCAGGAAUCCCAAAAUUACCACCCAACUCAGGUUUUCAUAUAGUAGCACAACAUGCUAUUGACUCCCAUUCAGCUUAAACAAAAAAUAAUCCACAAACACUGAAAGGAAAGAAGUAAUUUCUAGUGCAAACUGAAGCGUGACCUCUGAGGUAUUGAAUAAAAUCCAGGAUGUGUGGCAAAUAAUUUAUUUAAAAUAAUAUUGUAGCUGCAAAUAAGAUAUGGUGUUCACAACACAUGAAUGGCACAGUUAUUGUCUUUACUAGUGAAGUGCCACUAAAUGACUAGACUUUAGGAAAAUUUCUCAUAAUUACCAUCCAGUAUUUCAUUUAAUGCCACAAGCAAGCCUGGAUGCCAAACUGCAGCUUUUGCUAAAAUCUUCCCUCAUAUAUAAACAACUUAAGGAAUAAUUUAUUUCACUCACAAAGCCAUGCUAAAUGACGGGUACAUUCUGUUGGUUCUAUUGUUGCCUUACUCUGUUGUGCAAUGCUGAAUUUUUUUGUCCUAAUAUUUUUACAGUAAGAAGAAAAAUCUGGAUUUGCCUGAAUAACCUGAAACAAAAAAAUCACUAAGCCUGAGUCCAGAUGUUAUUUAGUAGCACAGGUUUUGUUCAUAUUUUAUAAAUAUUUUGUUUUCCCUUUAGUUAUUUUCUUCCAAAUUCCAUACAGCAGUGUUUGAUACAGUCAUUUAAAUAUAUGUACAAAAUGUAAAGAAUGUGUAUAAAUGUUUUGCACCAAAUGUAAGGUCUUGCCUUCAUGUAGAAGCAGCUUAUAAAAUAAAUCAUUAUGACAUGUA